AUGAUGUCUGAAACAAGCUGUAGACUCUGUUUAGGCGAGGUGCAUCCCGACGAUCGAGGCUCUUCCAUACUGGAAGCUUUAUUUCGGAGUGCGAUUGAUCGCGUGUUUUCGUUUAAGAUAAAGCACGAUGAAAACUUACCUAUACACACAUGUAACGAUUGUUCGCAGCAAGUAUGGGACUUCUAUAGUUACAGCCAGUUGGUGCAAAAGAACCAAAACACAUUGGAGCAGAGACUGUUGCAGGAUAGCGAAGCCUCUAACUCCACCGAAAAAAGCGAGGGUACUCCAUUGCAUCCUAUCGAUCCUGAGGAAAUUAAGCAAGAAACUAUAACAUCCGACGAGGAAUCGGAAACAACACCCACAGUACCCAAUCGUGUGCCAGAUGUUUGUGAUUUACUUCCCUCUAUCAAAACGGAACCAACUGACCCUUUGGAGGGAGUUGUAAAUACGCCUAAUGAAGUUGUGGUAAAAUCGGAACCCAAUAUAAAUUAUGUGGAAGAGAAUAUGGAAGUAGCUCAGGCCUUAGAAAAUGCAACCGUUUCGGAAAUAGCACCAACGUACGAUUCUGUAGCCAUUAAAGAAAGUGAUGGAAGUGAUCCGGAAGAUGAAAAUGACGGUGGUGAUGGUGACGAUGAUGGUGAUGAAUCUAAACCUGCGUCAACGGAGGAGACUGUGUCGAGUUCGGGUUGUAAAAACUUGAUCGAAAAGAUGCGAGAACGUAUUCGGGAGCGUAUCGCUGCUAAUAAGGCAAUCUAUCGCUGUGACAUCUGCGAUAGAACCUACCCUAACGAGCGCUAUUUGAAAACACACAAUUCCGUGGUGCAUGCGCCAUACGCACGCAGAAAACCUUGGUAUCCGUGCGAUAUCUGCAAUCGAUCAUUUUCGCAGCAAGCGCUACUCCACAACCACCGUAAAACGCAUGUCGCCGUAACACAAUCUUCCCCCACAGUUGCUUCGACGGCAGAUACGGACCCCUUAACGAAUCCCACUAUCGAUCAAUACGCGUAUCGAUGUAGCGCGUGUCCUAAAACCUUUUCCUGCCACAAGAGCCUCCGUACGCACGUGGAUGUAAUGCAUCCGCACAUGGCACGUGCACCGAAAAUGUAUUCGUGCGAUCAGUGCGAUCGUACGUUUGAUGAGUGUAAAAAGUUGAACAAACACCGUCGGGUGCACAAGUUCCAACAGUGUACGGUGUGCAAGAAGCAGCUCCUGAAGCAAAACAUCCGCCAGCAUCUGCUCGCCCAUCAGGGUGAAUACCGGUGUCAGCUGUGCAGCAAGAAGCUUUCGUGCAGCAAAAGUUUAAAACGACACCUCGAAACGGUACAUGCGAGUGCGGCCGAACGACUUGAUCGGCCUUAUUCUUGCUCGACGUGUACGCGCACGUUUCGCCAUAUUUCUCAGCUGCAGAACCAUCGGCAUUAUCAUGUCAUGCAGCGAUGUCCAAUUUGUGACAAAACCGUCAGAAAGUCGCUACUUUACGAGCAUAUGGCGGCGCACAGAGGUGCUUUCCGGUGUAAGCCGUGCGAUAAAUUGUUCUCAUCCAAGCUGGGGUGGAAAAUUCACUCAAAACAGAAACACGGCCAGGUGGUGUAA